AUGAGCAAGCAUAAACAUAGAAGAACUUAAUCUAAUUCAGAAGUUGAUUUAAAAAAUGCAUUAUGCCAAUAAGAUGAUAAGAAACACUUCAUAGAGAUAUUUAAUCAUGUAUUUAAUAAUGUAAAUUAUGAUUACUAGGCAUCACAUAUUUAACCUCAAAUUCCAGAAAAAGAAGUUAUAAUUGAAAAAUUAGAAGAUGAUUAUGCUAUGUAACACCUUAAAGAGAAUUGUGGUUUAACAUUUGGUAAUGCAAAAAAAAAAUCAAAUUUUGGAUCUUAUUAACCCAAUAAUUUAUUUUUGAUUCCUGAAUAGAAUGAUUUAUUAUCAAGUGUUGAAUAAACAUAAGAAUCAGGUAAAAAGUUAACUUCAGGAAUGAAAUUAAAUGUGAAUACUUAAAAAAGAUAAACAUAUAGUGUUGAAUAAAAAAAUAAUAAUGAUUAAAAAGAGAAUUUAAAAAAUGAACACAAUAGACAAAAUUCCACUUUAAUAAGUUAGAUAGUAAGAUAUAAUAAUAAAUUUUAGUAAGCAUAAUUAAAAGAUGUAACUCAUCUUAUGAAUAGUGAUAAGAUAGAUUAAUUUAAUAAAAUGAGUUUUACAAAAGAACUAUAAAAGAAAACAACAGUUAAUCCUGUUUAAGUUCCAUAUAGUCAUUAAAAUACUUUGUAACCAUCUUUAAAUCAUAAUUAUUCAUAAUAAUAAUAAUCUUAAUCUUAACAUUAAUAAACAUUCAAUCAACAACUUAAUAAUAACAAUAUACUUUAGUUAUAAAAUCCUAAUAUAUAAUAACCAUAAUUACUGAUUCAGUAAAAUUCUUAAAAAAAUGUAACUAAACAUACUAUAACUCCUGAUAGAAAAAGAACACCUUCUAUGGCUAUUAAUAAACCAUCUGGAGUAGAAGCACCAUUUUAAAAAUCAGAUAAAUCUAAUGCUAAUAAUGAAAGUGAUAAAUUAAAAAGUAAUCUUUCAGUCUCAAUUUUUAACAAUCUUUUCUAAUAAAAUAAAAAGAUUUCUAUUAGUCAUAUUGCAAAUAAACAGGAUAUUUAAAAUGAUUCUUUUAGAAAAUUAGAAACACAAAUUAAAAAAAUAGAAAGAGAAUUAAUGUCUUUAAAAUAAAGGUAAGAUUAAUAAGAAGAUUUCAAUAAAACUAUUUUAUAAUAAGUAUAAUAAGUUAUUCAUGAUAACAGAAAGCAAAGAGAAGUAUAAAUUUUCUAAUAUUUUAGUAAAGUAAUUUGUACUUAAAAAAAUUGGAAUAGCUUGAAAUUAUUACUAGAAGAAAUGAAGAAACUACAAUGUAUAUAUGGUAAGCCGUUGGUAAUAAUAAGAGAAUGGAUUCAACUACACAUUAAACGUAUCAUAUUUUAUAUUGUUAUUAAGGGAUUCAACUGAAUUGAGUGACUAACAUAGACGUUUUACAGAUUUAAAGAGUUUAAACAGAUAUAUAUGA